AUGCCAAUUCUGGGACUUGGAACUUGGAAAUCGAAACCAGAAGACGUAACGAGAGCAGUUGAAGAUGCCAUUGAUAUCGGAUACCGGCACAUUGAUUGUGCAUUUGUUUAUCAAAACGAAAAAGAAGUCGGUUUGGGAAUUAAAAAUAAAAUAAACUCGGGAGUGGUUAAACGUGAAGAUUUAUGGGUGACGAGCAAACUCUGGAACACUUUUCACCUUCCGCACCUCGUCGAACCAGCUUUAAAGCAAAGUUUGCAAAAAUUAGGACUCGAUUAUCUUGAUUUGUAUUUAAUUCAUUGGCCUCAAGCGUACAGAGAAGGUGAUGAUUUGUUUCCAGUUGACGACACAGGUAAAACCGCAUAUAGCGAUGCUCAUUUUAAAACGACAUGGAAGGUCAUGGAAGAUUGCGUGGAAAAGGGUUUGACGAGAUCAAUCGGUUUAUCCAACUUUAACAGCAAACAAUUAUCUGAAGUUUUAAGUGACUGUAAAAUUAAACCUGUGGUGAAUCAGGUCGAGUGUCAUCCUUAUCUCAAUCAAACAAAACUAUCUGAUUUUUGUAAGGAAAGAGAUGUAGUGAUAACAGCAUACAGUCCAUUGGGGUCUCCAGAUAGACCGUGGGCCAAACCUGGAGAUGCUCAAUUGUUUGAAGAUUUGAAAUUGAAACAAAUUGCUGAUAAACAUAAAAAGACGGUUGCUCAAGUACUAUUAAGAUAUCAAGUUGACAGAGGUCAUGCUGUCAUACCGAAAUCUGUAACAAAAUCAAGAAUAGAGGAAAAUUUUAAAAUUUUUGAUUUUUCAUUGACAGCAGACGAUAUAUCUGUCAUUAAUUCAUUAGAUUGCAAUGGUAGAGUUUGUCAUUUGGAUUGGAUUAAAGAUCACAGCUUAUAUCCAUUCAAUGAUGAAUAUUAA